AUGGCACGGGGUGGGGAUAGCGCCAGCCAACUGAGGACAGGAACAAGGAGGAGACGAGAGACCGGUGGAGUUACAAAUGUUUGCAGCCGCUCCACUCCCCAUGUGGAGGCGGCGAGUAGCCCAUCGGUUUUUGGAAAGUUCCACCUCGCUACUGUGUAUAGAAGUGCAGGAAAACAUGGCAGAGUGAAGUUGAAGGAAGGCGUGGCGUUUCUCGGGGCUCGUCCCAGCAACCCCACUCAGUGGAUAGUGAGCCAGGACUUGAGGAGCGAAGGCCAUCGAGUGGUGACCCUCCACUGCCGCAGGAAGGAGUCCAGUUAUGACCAGCGAAGGUUCUGUUGCUAUGCCAACAGUGGCAGAACUGAAAGGAACCGGGUUUUUUUGUGUGCCGUUAAGGACCUUUCUGAGGAGGACAGGCGCUGCCAGUGUCACAGCACCUGCAGGUGCGAGUACAGGCCCGGACGAUCUGAGAUGGAUGUUCAGAGGGUACUCCAGGUGGAUCUGAAAAUGGAAAGCUUCCCGGAGCCGACGGGCAGCCGCUGGAUGGCCUGGCAGGUGGAGUACCCAGGCAGUCGCACGGCCACACAAGAGGCCGAGACAGAGAUCCGGCUGGCACAGGAAGAACUGGCAGGCAUCGUGCCUCUUGCCAUGGACACUGAGAUUCUGAACACGGCUGUCCUGACCGGAAAGACAGUGGCCGUCCCGGUGAAAGUGGUGACCAUCGGAACUGACGCCUCUGUGACAGACGUUUCAGAAGCCGUGCGAUGUCGCUCCACAGACGAGGACGUGGUCAAGGUGUCUGAUAGAUGCGACUACGUUUUUGUCAAUGGCAAGGAGAUGAAGGGAAAGGUAAAGAUGAUGGUGAAUUUCACUUACGGAUACCUCAGUGCUCAGCUGGAGCUGAGUGUGUGGAUCCCUCGUCUCCCCCUCCAGAUUGAGGUGUCAGACACGGAGCUAAGCCAGAUCAAAGGGUGGAGGGUACCCACCGCGGCCACGGGCCAGAGGUCCACACGAGACAGUGAGGAUGAAGAUGAUGAAGACAGACGAGGGCGGAUCUGCACCCUGCAGUACCAGCAUGCCAUGGUCAAGGUUCUGACCCAUUUUGUAGCAGAGGCAGCUGAUUCACGAGGCCAGACAAGUUUCCUGCUGGGCACUGACUGGCAGGUGGACAUCACAGAGCUUGUGUGGGACUUCCUGAAGGUAGAAAAUCCCCACAUUGCAAAGCUUCUAAACAGGAAGACUCUGGUUGGACUGGACACGGGGAUGACGUCUAUCCAGGUGUUGUCACCAUUGUCAGACUCAAUCCUGGCAGAGAAAACGGUCACUGUGGUGGAUGACAAAGUGACCAUCACAGAGCUGGGGGUCCAACUGGUGACCGGUCUUUCCAUGAGCAUGCAGUUAAGUCCGGGCAGCAACAGAGCCAUCAUGGCAACUACAACCACACAAGAAGUCCUGCAAAGCACCAAACAGGAGGCCUUGAUCAGCGCAUGGCUUCAGUUCAGCGACGGCUCCGUGGCUCCACUGGACCUGUACCAUCCCGACUUCUUUGUCCUGACAGCCACCUCCCUGGACGAGGAGGUGGUGACGGUGAAGCAGGACCCCUCGUGGAAAUGGCCUGUCAUUGUGACAGAGGCGGAGGGUCAAGGUCUGCUGGUCAGGGUGGAGAUGACCGUUUGUGAAGUUUGUCAAAAGUUCAAGCGCCGCAGCGUCCUAGCGGCGGGGAACUGCAACAUCAGGGUGAAGUUUGGCCACGGUGACAGUUCAAAGGGAGGGAACAGCGACUAUGGCCUGGACGGAGAUGAGGUGGAGAGCAGGGGCAGGUUCUCGUCCUCUCAGGACAGAACUGGCACUGACACUCACUACUACGGCAGCUCCAUCUCUGACAUAGAGGAUGGGGUGCUACAGAGAGCGACCACUACGAGGAGUGCGAUAAUACGCAGACCCAAUGGGGGUAAGUUUUCAGACGACGGCAGCCGAAACAUACCGAUUGACUUCGCGGACUUCCCCGCACAAGUGGACCUGCCCCAUGGCCGCAACAUGGACGACGACCUGGUUCAGACCGCCCGCGGACUCACAGAUUUAGAGAUCGGCAUGUACGCCCUGCUGGGGGUCUUCUGCCUGGCCAUCCUGGUGUUUCUCAUCAACUGCAUUUCCUACACGCUCAAAUACCGCCACAAGGAGCUCUCCGUCGAGGGCCAGGAGAACAUGAACCACGCCCACGACUGGGUGUGGCUCGGGAACGAGGCGGAGCUGCUGGAGAGCCAAAUCAGCCUUUCCCCUCAGCUGGAGGAGCAGACCUCCAUGAUAGACUCGAGCAGUGGGCUCGAGGAGGGCAGCCACCUGCUGAACGGGGGCUCGGCCCAGAAGAACGUACAGAGCCAGGUGCACAGAGCCCCGGACACAGGCUGCAUAGCAAAGGACAGCAAAGGAGACUCCCCUACCACCAAGAGAAAAAGGGUCAAGUUCACCACUUUCACCACCAUUCCUUCGGACAAUAGCUACCCCACUGUCAACACACUGACAGGAAGCCAUAGCCAGGACAUUCAGUGGGUUUGCCAAGACGUGCAGCUGGGAGACUCCAGUGAGUUGCGUAAUUACAUGGAAAGAUUAAAUGACAGUGCUUUGAAAGAGCUGGCAUAG